AUUAGGUGCAUAGGAAACCAACAGCAAUUAUAUAAGUCAGCUAUAUAUUUCGUUCCAACAUGCACAUAUACAUACGCGGCCUACACCCUACGUCUCUAUAGGAUAUAUACCUAUACGAAGGGAGCCAUGAGAGCAGAGCAGCCCAGCCGAGCCGUUGAAUGUGGUUUUGUGUUUCUUCAACGGUGUUUUCUGGUGUGUCUGCAAAUAUCCACUACUACAAAUCCCCCGAAUGCGCCUAUGAUACGGCCAUAUUCACUCACACCCCAUACCAUACCCUUCAGCCCGUUAGGUGUCGGUAAGUUGCAUGUAUGUACCUAGGUAGCCCAACCCCGCUCAACAAUUUCCUAUAUAUCACUUUCCACCCACCGUAGUCUUCCCGUUGCACUUUUCACUGCUUCUUGCACCUUUUCUUGACGCAUAAAACCACAACAAAGUUGCCUAAGCGAUAUAUAUUUAUCAUUGGAGCGGCCAUGGCUUCUUCCCUUUCUGUUCCAAAACCCAGCGGCUUCCAUGCCAUGCCGCUGGAAAUCCGCCAGCAGAUAUACCGAUGGUGCAUCCCCCGGAACCUUUUCAUAAAUGUCUGCGACGAUAUGUAUUGGCAAGAGCGCUAUGAAGGAUGGAAAAAGCCGCCUUGGCAUACCGACCCCUUUUUUAGUGACGAAAGAGGUACAUAUUACUCCUCCAAGGUUGAGAAUUGCGAAUGGUGUGACAGACAAGUCGCUAUGUUUGCGGACAAGAGCUCUGUCCCAAGACUUUUUUCUCCGGCCUCGACCGAUUACUGUUCUUCGUGCAGAAGAUAUUCACCUAACACUCCUCCGUCUCGACAAAGUGCCUUACCCGGACUCCUUCUUAUCUGCCGCCAGAUUACCGAGGAGGUGGAGAUACUCCUAUACGGAGACAAUACUUUUGGGUUCGAUUUUUGGGAUAAUGACGUCUCAGAUCUAGAGUGGCUCCAACAGUUCAAUGCAGAGUGGCUAGGACAGUUCGAUCCCGAUCGGCGGCACAAAAUGCGAAAGAUAGAACUGGUUCUAAGACACCUAGGAGGUUACUUUCCCUUGACAUCCCACACCGAUAUACCUUAUCCUUAUAUUCUGAACCAUUUUCAGUGGGAUGACGUUUUUGAAAAUGUUACUACGCUGAGUAUCCGAUUGCUGGGACCAAAGCCUUACCCUUCAUUGGAGGAGCUCCAAAGCAAGCUCGAACAUAAGCUCUCAGACGACAUGGUUACGGAAUAUUUGAGAAAAAACGCGAAAGCUAUUAAGAUGGGAAUGGAGAAAUCUUCAAAAGAGUUAAGAAAAUGGGUGGACUGGAUUCUACCCAUCCUGGAGUACAUCGGGCAGGUAAUACCCCAAUUUACCCAGAUAGUGGUACAUAAGGACGAGGAGGAGAAAACGAUACAGCUACUGGAAGAAAAAUUCCCUGGACGUUGCUUGAUUCAAGAAUUGGAUAGGAUAUAAUGACGAGGAUGAUGGGCUGAGUAGGCAUCUAUAAUAAUGAGCUGGCUGGCUAUGAUGAGGAUUAUGAGGAUAGCUUCGUCUGCUGAUUAGGAGGAAGUCAUGAAGAGCUAGGGAUUCAAUUUUCAUCUAUCGAUCUUUGAGGAAACCCAGUAGCAAAGUAAACGAGAUGUACUGGACAGACAUGUAACAAGCUUAGCAUGCUGUGGGCGUGACCGGAUUUCUAAAUAAACGAACAAAGAUUGCGAUCAAAGAUUUUGAAUACCUAGGGUAGGUAGAGUCACAAGUUGAAGAAGUUAAUAUUCGACGAAUCUAUAAACAAGAACUUGGGAACAAAAGGAGUACCUAAUGUAUGCAUCUAUAAGGGGUAUCAUUGAACCUAGUCACAUUUUUACCUUUGGGGCUACAUAUGUAUAACAAGGGUAGGCAGCUGCCAGCUGCAAUGCUAAUGUUACUACACUAACC